UGACAGGAGACCGAGGCUAGGAACCAACGGUCAGAUAUCUGCGGUUAGCUGAGCGUUAGCUCUUCGAUCACACAGACGGAAACAUGGUGCCCGCUGCGGUUCUCUUUAUUUUAACGGUCGGGUCUGUCUGUGGACCAGCUGCAACAGAAAAAACACUAGUUUAUGUGACUGUGCUGUUCCGGCAUGGUGACAGAUCACCUGUCAAAGCCUAUCCCACGGACCCGCACCAAGAGAGCGACUGGCCACAAGGCUUCGGACAGUUAUCACAGGAGGGGAUGAGGCAGCACUUUGACCUGGGCCAGUUUCUGAGGAGUCGAUACAACGGAUUCCUCAACGCAUCCUAUGACAGACAUGAGAUCUCCGUCCGCAGCACAGACUACGAUCGCACCCUGAUGAGCGCCGAGGCCAACCUGGCAGGUCUCUACCCCCCCAGUGGCCCGCAGGUCUUCAAACCCAGCCUGAGGUGGCAGCCAAUACCUGUACACACUGUGCCACAAAGUGAAGAGAGGCUUCUCUCGUUUCCUCUGGGAGACUGUCCUCGCUACAAACAGCUGAUGAAUGAGACUGAGCACACACAGGAAUUUAUUAAUGUCACCACCAAGUACCAGGACAUCAUAGAGCUGGUGAGGAAUAAAACAGGACUGAACAAGACCAAUGUGGAGUCAGUCUGGAGUGUGUAUGACACACUCUUCUGUGAGUCCGUUCACAACAAGUCAGCUCCUGACUGGGUGACUCCUGAUGUGAUGGAAAAGCUCAAAGUGCUCAAGGACUUUGGAUUUCAGGUCAUAUUUGGGUUCUACAAACAGCAAGAGAAGAGCCGGCUGCAGGGAGGUAUCCUGUUGGGCGAAAUAGUGAAGAAUCUCUCGAAGAUGGCCGCCCCAGACCCAAAACAGCGACUCAAACUGAUGAUGCUGUCAGCGCAUGACACCACUGUAGCUGCUCUUCAGGCCAGCUUGAAUGUGUUCAAUGGAAGACAGCCACCAUACGCUUCCUGUCAAAUUUUUGAGCUGUACAGGGAUGACAACGGCUCUGCUUCUGUGUCCAUGUUUUACCGGAACGACAGCACAGCGGCUCCGUACCCGCUGCAGUUACCAGGCUGCUCCCUUCACUGCCCCCUGGAGGACUUUGUGAGAAUUACAAAGCUCUCUAUCUCAGACGACAGAGACAAGGAGUGUCAGCUGCCCUCUGAAGGGAGAGAUAAAGAGGUGAUCAUCAGUCUGGCGGUGUCUGGCUGUCUGCUCUUCUUCCUCAUCGUCCUCCUCCUCGGGAUUAUUUGUUGGCGGAAAGAACCAACCAGCAGCCGGGGAUACCACCAUGUGAUCAACCACGAGGUGGGGGAGGAGUCCUGACAGAAGCACAAGCUCCUCCCUCUUAGAUCUCCAAGCCUGGCGUCGUGGGACAGCAGCGAUGACGACGAACUCUGAAACUCCACAGUGACCUUUUGUGAUGGCGUCAUCGGCGCUGGUUCGGGACCCACAAUGAUUUUUUUUUAAAACUGGGAACUAAGAAACAUUUGAAAUUAUGAUUUUAGGAAAAGUCUUUUAUCAUCACUCUAAACUAAAGAGUGAGAAACUGCUGGAGGGACCAAGACAACACAGCAGGGAAACUUUUUUAUAUCCAACACUUUGCCAUUUAAAGUAGCUGCUGCGUUCCCACAUGGUUCAACCUCCAAUCAGCUGCUUAAGUUCAAGAUUAAUAUAUGACCCAGAUUUCUGCCUGGUCAGUCUUGGCUUUUUAAACAGUUCAGAAAGUCAAUGAGAAAAUUUCUGAUGAAAUUAAAAGUUUAAAUAAUGAUCUGUAAACUUCUCGGUAACGUCAUUGGGAGAACACGUUCUUAUCUUUUUGGUGUUUUACGUCACCAUCUCCCAGCAGGUCCCAUUUUUCAUAAAAUCCUUUACUUAAUUAUAGAAGACCGGAGUUGUUGACUUAAUUAAAACUUAAUUAGUUAAAGAUG